AUGCAAAUGGACAUCCCAAUCUCCCAAAUAAAACCAUCAUACCCACCUCCUCUAAUUCCAACGCAAGAAGCACCCGCAAUUCAAUCCACGAUCAACGCCCUAAAUUUGCUCCCACAUCCAGAAGGCGGCUACUUCUCCGAGACGGAUCGAGAUCCGCGCCGCAUUCCGAACCCUCACCAGCCAAUAACUUCAGUCACAGACACAGGUGCAGAUCCCGAAACUCGUUCCGCAAGCUCGACAAUCCACUACCUCCUCACGCCACAGCGCCCACUAGGCGUUUUCCACCGUAAUCAAAGCCGCACGGUUCACAUCUGGCAGAGAGGACGGGGGCGGUAUGUCAUUAUCCAUGCAGAUGAGGUAGGGGGCCAGAAUCACAUGCGGGGAUGCAGUUCUGAGAAUGCUACGGCGCGGAUUGAAACAUUUGUUGUUGGGCCUGGUGUUGAGGCUGGGGAGAGGAUGCAGUGGGUUGUUGAAGGGGGUAAGUAUAAAGCUUCUUUCUUGUUACCAGAUGAGUCCGAGGGAGAGACUUCUUCAGGUUUGUUGAUCAGUGAGGUCGUUGUCCCUGGUUUUGAGUUUACAGACCAUGAUUUCCUGCGCAAAAGCAAGAUGGAAGAACUUCUGACUGAGGAGCAAGUUCAGGAUUUGAGCUGGAUGCUAAAAAUCGAGUGA